GACAGAGUCCCCGCGGUCUCCCCUCCGGGCUCAGAGCCCAGACUGAGGGGCCCAGAGAGCCAUGGUCCCGCUGGUCACAGCCCUGCUCCUGCCGCUGGUCCUGCAGCUCCACCCCGUGGCCUCACAGGUCAGCGGGUUCCGCAUGUGGCCGAAGGACGGUGUGACAGCUCAACUGGGGCAGCAGGUGACUUUGCGCUGCGAGGUGCUGCCCAGAGCGCAGCAGGGCUGCUCCUGGCUCUUCCAGAGGCCCGAGCCCCACAGCAGCCCCGUUUUCCUCAUGUACAUCCCUUCCACUACCAAUACCCAGGCCAAGAUGGCCGAGGACCUGAACCCCACACAGAUCUCUGGCAAGAAGGUCAGUGACACCUGUUUUCUCACCCUGCACAAAUUUCGCAAGGAAGAAGAAGGCUACUAUUUCUGCUUCGUUAUGAACAACUACAAAAUCUACUUCAGCCCCUUCGUGCCCGUCUUCACACCAGCGAAGCCCACCACCACACCCGCGCCGCCCCCACCCACGCCGGCACCCACCAGAGCAGCGCGGCCUGUGACAGUGCGCCCCGAGGUGUGUCGGCCCCAGACGGGCCGCGCAGAAACCAAGGGCCUGAACUUCUCCUGUGACCUCUACAUUUGGGCGCCGCUGGCCGGGACUUGCGGAGUCCUUCUGCUGUCCGUGGUCAUCCUCAUCAUCUACAACCGUAAGAACCAAAGACGAGUGUGCAAAUGUCCCAGACCCCAGGUCAGACAGGCAGGCAAGUCCAAUCCUUCAGAGAUACCUCUGACACGGCAGUGAUGGACCCUGUGCCACAGCCACUACAAGACUUCAUCCUGAGAACUCUUCUUGCAAAGAGAGCACCUCUCCUGCCACUGCUGUUUCUCCAGCCUUCUUUACUUAUGUAUUCAUUCUUGAUAUCAUUAUUUUCAUGGGGGUAGGGUGGGAAGUGUUACUUUUUCUUUAUGCGUUUCCUUUACUUGACACAAAAUAAGACAGUGUAAUGUCUCCAGUACACCACAAGGCUUACCCUUCUACUGUGCACACAGGCUGGGGUAAAGGUGGGCAGGCAGCCGCUACCACUAGCUAGCCACAUUCUCAGAACUGUUCUGUCAGGACUGGCGGGAGCCUCACGUUCACUGGGUCCCAAUAUCCUUCCGCCAUUUUGCAAAGUGAGACUGAAGUCCAGCGAUGCAGAAUAGUUUAGUCAGGGUCAUAGGCUCAGGGCACUUCCUCUAUAUAAUUCAUGCUUUCUUCUGGAGGUCUCUGUCUUCUUGAGUACACCGUGUCUCAAACUGAUGUAGAUAAUGGAUGCAUAUUCCUUUAGCAUAACCUACCCUCAUAUUUCCCUCUUGUCUGAUGGCAAAUAGAAGCAGCAGCUGCUGCCCCCAUUCCUACCUAUCCUGAGCAGAACAGCCUAAGACAUCUUGUGAGAUAAGAGCUGUUAAGGAAUCCAUGCCAUCCUGUGAGAUAAGAGCUGUUAAACAGGAGGGCACCAAGGGGUGGGAGGAAUUCCAGCCAGAGAAAGUGCCAUGUGCCUCCCAGAGCCAAGUUGCUUUGUGUCAAAGUAACACAUUAAUCCUGACUGUAUCCCUGUGAAAACUAACUCAUCUUGUCUGGUUGGUUUGUAAUGGAAAUGUAACCAUGUUGUAAAAUGCUAUUUAAAUCUGUGCUGGUCCUUUCUUGGGACAGAGAAUCCUUCUGAAAUUAUCCAAUUCUCCUGCCCACUAGUGAAAAAUAUAACUCCUCUCAUUUCACUAUUAUCA